ACUACACAGCAGCUCCCCGUUUCUCCAAACGAUGUCGUUUAGCAAACGAGUGACCGGAGCGAGAAAGAUUGAGACGGAGUGAAACCGCAAUGUUGCGACAGUUGGUAAUGCACGCGCCGCGUUUCUUCAACUACACGUCGAGGAGGUUAGCUCACGGUGGCUGCGGCCAAAUAUUAAUCACACGAGCAUAUUCCUCCGCGGCCAUGUCGCCGCCUUCGAAGGCGAUCGUGUACGAUGUGCACGGGCCACCGGACACGGUGACCAAGUUGGUGGAGGUUCCGGCCGUUGAAGUGAAAGAAAAAGAGGUGUGUGUGAAGAUGCUAGCUGCUCCUAUCAACCCCUCCGAUAUCAAUAGAAUACAGGGCGUUUAUCCGGUGCGGCCAAACCCACCGGCAGUGGGUGGACACGAAGGCGUUGGAGAAGUUCUCUCAGUGGGCUCAUCUGUCACCUCACUUUCUCCCGGAGACUGGGUUAUUCCCUCUCCACCCUCUUUCGGGACUUGGCAGACGUAUAUUGUGAAGAAUGAGAAUGUUUGGCACAAGGUACAAAAGGGUGUGCCUAUGGAAUAUGCAGCUACAAUUACUAUUAAUCCCUUGACUGCACUUCUCAUGCUUGAACACUGUGUUGCUUUGAACUCUGGAGAUGCUAUUGUGCAAAAUGGGGCUACCAGCAUGGUUGGCCAGUGUGUCAUUCAGCUUGCCAAGUCUCGUGGCAUUCACAGCAUUAAUAUUAUAAGGGACAGGCCUGGGGUCAAUGAAGUAAAAGAAAUGCUUAAGAAUUUGGGUGCUGAUGAAGUUUUCACUGAGAGCGAAUUGGAAGUGAAGAAUGUCAAGAGUCUCCUGGGCGGUAUACCUGAACCUGCACUGGGAUUUAACUGUGUUGGUGGAAAUGCUGCUUCUUUGGUACUCAAGUUUUUGAGACAAGGAGGAACCAUGGUCACAUAUGGUGGAAUGUCUAAAAAACCUGUCACUGUGUCAACAUCAUCCUUCAUAUUUAAGGAUGUUUCCUUGAGGGGAUUCUGGUUACAGAAGUGGUUGAGCACAGAUAAAGCUGAAGAGAGCAGAGGAAUGAUAGACAGACUUUUGAGUCUUGUACAGGAAGGAAAGUUAAAAUACAAAAUGGAAUUGGCUCCCUUUGACGAUUUCAGCACAGCAUUGGAUAAAGCUUUAGGGAAACUUGGGAGCCAACCUAAGCAAGUUAUCAAAUUCUAAAUGUGUGGAUGUUUAUACUGAUUUCUGUUGGAUAAAAAAAGUAUUCUGGAAUUUCAGAGAAAAAACAAUAUAUCAAGGAGUUAUUCUUCAAAGGCAUGCAGAAUAGAUUUUUAGUGCAAGGAAUAAAAAAUAGACUU